AUCUUAUGUUAAUCCACACAAAUUUAAAUAUACCAUUUCAACUUCGAAAGAGACUUUAUUAGCUGUUAAGUCAUUUUCUCUGAAAAUUCGUUGUGGUAUGAUGAAGAUGGCCAUGGGGUCUUCUUAAUUAGUCAAUGACACGGUAAGAAGUAUCAUAUAUUAGGAUAGAUGGCAACCUGGGGGAUAUGGAAUUGUUGAGGAAUGUGUUAUAUACUAGUCUAAUUAGGAAAUUACUAGAAGUUGUUGCAUUAUCCAGGAACAUUCUUAGAAUAGUCAACUUGUAGAGCUCAUAAGCAACCGCAACUUCUUUCAGGUUUCGACAUUGGAAUAUUGUAGUAGGUAAGGUACGUGAGUAAAUUGUACUUUCCAAGCAACAGACCAGCUAUUAUUUUAAUAUGUAGUUGCAGACUUCCAUCAGAAGCAAAAGACCAGCAUUUGGGGUGGUUGACCUGUAAAAUGAACGCGGUUGAUCUGAAUAAAUGAACACGCAAUACAUCUCACCGACUGAACUAUUCAAUCUUGCAUCUUCUUUUUUUAAUUUGAGAAUUUAUAAAUUUAUUAAGGAGAUUGAAGCACAUGACUAUGAACUUAGACCACUCCAAGUAAAUUCAGAAACAGACAUAACCAGACUAGUCAAAAUUGUACAAGCUAAGCCCCAAUCAUUUCGUCUAGUUUCAAGUGUAAUUUUUCUUCUUUGUUGAGUUUGUGUUUUGUUUGAACUUGUGCUAUUAUGAUGGCUGAAAAAGAUGGCGAAGCAGCAGUAGGAAUAGAUUUAGGGACAACAUAUUCAUGUGUAGCAGUAUGGGAACAUGGCCGUGUUGAGAUUAUUACCAAUGAUCAAGGAAAUCGUACUACUCCUUCGUAUGUUGCUUUUACUGAUUCUGAACGUUUAAUUGGUGAUGCUGCUAAAAAUCAAGUUGCCAUGAAUCCUACCAACUCCAUUUUCGAUGUGAAACGGUUAAUUGGUAGGAAAAUCAAUGAUAGCUUUGUUCAGAGUGAUAUGAAGCUAUGGCCCUUCAAAGUCAUUCCUGGCCAAGAUGAGAAACCCAUGAUUCAAGUCAAAUACAAGGGCAGGGAUGUAAAGUUUUCAGCCGAGGAAAUCUCAGCCAUGGUUCUCUCUAGGAUGGUACAAGCUGCUGAAGCUUAUAUUGGUUCAAGUGUUAAGAAUGUUGUUGUUACAGUCCCUGCUUACUUUAAUGAUUCUCAGCGCCAAGCUACUAUGGAUGCUGGAAAAAUUGCUGGCCUUAAUGUAAUGCGUAUCAUCAAUGAACCAACGGCGGCUGGACUUGCUUAUGGUCUUCAUAAGGAGGCAACCAGUAUUGGUGCGAAGAAUGUUCUUAUCUUUGAUCUUGGUGGUGGUACUUUUGAUGUUUCGUUAAUCACCAUUGAGGAUCGUAUCUUUGAAGUCAAGGCUACAGCCGGAGAUCCCCAUCUUGGAGGAGAAGAUUUCGAUAACAGCAUGAUGACUGAGCUUGUUCAAGAGUUCAAGAAAAAGCACAAGAGAGACAUUAGUGGAGACCCAAAGGCUCUUAGGAGGUUGAGAACAGCAUGUGAGAGGGCAAAGAGGGCCCUCUCAUCUACUACCCGGACAACCAUUGAAAUUGAUUCUUUGCAUAGAGGAAUCGAUUUUCAAACAUCCAUUACUCGUGCUAGAUUUGAGGAGCUGAAUAAGGAUUUGUUUGAGAAAUGCAUGGAUACUGUUGAGAAAUGUCUGAUGGAUGCUAAGAUGUUCAAGAGCAGCAUUCACCAAAUUGUGCUCGUUGGAGGGUCCACAAGAAUUCCGAAGGUUCAGUCGAUAUUGCAGGAUUUGUUUGAUGGGAAGGAACUCUGCAAGGGCAUCAACCCUGACGAGGCUGUGGCUUAUGGUGCUGCAGUGCAAGCUGCUAUGCUCAGUGGUGUGGAUGAUGUAAAGUUGCAGGAGUUGGUGGUGGUGGAUGUGACGCCUCUUUCUCUUGGUAUUCAUACAAUUGGAGGUGUUAUGAAUGUGUUAAUCCCAAGGAACACAACCAUUCCCACCAAAAAGGAAAAGUUUUACACUACUAACGCGGACAAUCAAUCAGGUGUGAUGAUUCAGGUGUAUGAGGGUGAAAGAACUAGAACUAUUGACAAUAACUGUUUGGGUGUGUUUGUAUUAGACGGAAUUCCACCAGCACCUCGUGGUGUUCCUCAAUUGACAGUAAGCUUUGAUAUGGAUGCAGACGGCAUACUGAAUGUCUCAGCCGAGGACAAGAGAUCAGGAAACAAAAAGAUGAUAACGAUUACAAAUAACAAAGGGAGGUUGUCAAUGGAUGAAAUUGAGAGAUUGAUCCAAGAGGCAGAGAAAUACAAAGCAGAAGAUGAAGAACACAGAAAGAAGGUGGAGGCUAUGAACUCGUUAGAGAAUCACACAUACAGCAUCAGGAACAUGAUUAAAAAACAUGGAUGGAAAUUAACAUCGAAUGUUAGGAUUAAGAUGGAGGAUGCAGUCAAGUACGCAUUUCAGCAGUUGCGUAGCAAUGAAAUUGGCGACAUAGAAGAUAUCAAUGGCGAGAUAAGGAAGUUAAAAAAUCUGUGCACCCCUAUCAAUCCUAUAAUAAACGGGCAGGGUGGUGUUAGUGCAGAACCCAGAAUCGAGGAUGUCGAAUAAAAUUUGCAUCACUACCUUUUCCUGAUUUCGUGGUAACUUGGAACAUGCAAAAUCCAAGAUCCAGACAUCCUCGGAUUUGACUGAGGUUGCAUCUGGAAGGGAGAAACAAGCUUCUGUUUCUGGUGCUUCUAUGGGUCUAUGGCAGUUGAGUUGCUACAUCAGUUGGUGAUGAGUCUGACAAUGGUGGUGCAGCGGAUCAGUUUUACGGGGUUUUCCGGCCACAAACUGGAAACUUAUCGAAUCUCAUGGUUCUUGAUAUGGUCUAUGAUGUUGGCUUUUUGCCAUCAAAAGUUCCGAUCAAAUUGGAGAUUGUAUUUGGAUAGUGAACGAGAAUUCACAUGGAGAAAUUCCGAUUGGAUUGGUAAUUUUUUCAAAUCUGGAUCAGCUGAUUCUCGAGGAAAAGUAUUUGAGCGGGAAGAGCCUUACAAUAACCAAACACCCAUGAACAGAUGUAAAAAUUAAACCAGUAGAGUUAUAAUCACACUCUGUAUUUGCAAAUGGGGUUGCAACUUACAGAAAAGAAAUCCAACAGAAUACUGGUAAUUCCUAUCAAACAAAAACACUAAAAGCUGAAACUACCGUGGGAUAUAUUAGUGGCGAUGACGUGAAAAUAAGGUUAAGGAUUAUGCCGAAGAAGAUGAGAUAAGAAAGAAGAACUUUUACUUGUCGGUGCUUCAUGGUUGGCUUCAUUUCUACUGCAACUUCUUAUUUAGCUGCACAUUUAAGAGUUGAUGUCAAAAACGGCAUCCAUGGUAGGUACGUAUACAUAAAUGAAUGAAUUAGUCGACAUGCUUCCAUGUCUUUUUGGCUGAACAGUUCUUAAGGAGAAAAUGGGCGGCAAUACAUGUUUCCAUGUCUUUCUAGCUGACCAAUUCUUCAGAAGAAACUGGGCACAAGAAAAACAGAAAUUCAGUGAUAAAAGCACCAUUUGCAUUUCGAUUGUGGUUUCAGCCAUUUAGGCAUGGAACUCAAACCAUGACAUUUUUUAAUCAUCCAAACUAGGAUACCAGCGAGUAGAACAACAAAAGCCAAAAUGACGGAUAAAACAAACAAAAAAAAGGUUAUUUAUAUUUUGGUACCUAGACGUUGUCCAUCAUGGGACUUUGUU